CAGAGGUAAAGAAAGUAACGGAGGGCGUUAAGGCGAACCAUGGAUCACCGGCCCAUAGUAAGCAUGAGGGGUAGUACUCACCUCUGGAUCAACGCUCUGUAUCUCGAAGCUGGUUUUCGCAAGAUUUCUCCUGUCAUCCAGUUGCUGUGAGAGCAGUCAGGAUACGCAAAAGAAAAAGAGAAAAGAGAAAAAACAGACAUGCGCUGGGGAAGACGAGCAUCAGGGUCUCGUUCGUAGUCGAAACAACCGCCGUGGGACGGGCAUACCACGCCUUAGCCCAAGACAAGCCAGGAGACGAUCGACCCGGUUGAAACUCAAGAGAACAAGAACCCCCAAUAGCCGCAAACUCCACCGCCGCAGACGAAACCCCGAACUCACGCCCCCAACAGAGCCGCGACGAGUCAAUUCAUAUGGAUGAAACUAGCAGAAAGCGCCCGCUGGAGGAUGAUGACCCUUCUUCCACCGUCUCGCCCUCAAAACGCUCCAGGGCACCCGCCCCCAGCGGCCGAGCGCGAAGACAAAGUCUCAGCUCCGACUCCAGCUCGUCUACUGACACAACCUCCACAGUAAGCUCCCGUGACGACUCUUCCGAGAAGGAGAGCUCGAGCGCGGAAGAGGACAGCGAUGAUGAAAGCACUUCUUCCGAAGGCACAACUUCCUCAUCCACGUCCUCGUCAUCCUCUUCUUCAUCGUCUUCCUCUUCCUCCGAAAGUGGGAAUGGUGGCGAAAGGCGGAUAGAAGACGCUGAAGAUGACAUCGAUGAGUCGGACGACAGCUCCGAUGAUGAGGUUUCUAUAACAAAUGUGCCAGGCAGGCCAAAACCACGAAUACAGCGAAUGAAUGGGGAUUCGAGCAUACUCUCUCGCAUCUCAAGCUUCCUACCCAAGCUGAAAGCUGCGAACGACGAUCUGCAGCGAAAUCUCGAGGCUGGGAAAUCCAAGGAUAUAGUCAUGGACGACGUGGAUGAGGAGAAUGAGGGACAGUAUAUAGAAAUGAAUCUUGGUUUGGGGGUCCUGGAGGGACAAGAUACUGAAGGAAACGGCGAAUCGGGUACCGAAGAGGAUAGCGAUGGCACCUCCGAUAAUGAAACAGGUCCAUCUACGAGCAGACAUCGGACACAACUGAAUAGCAAUGUCCUGGAUAAGCUGAUGGGCAAGAAGACAAAGCUGAAAGGACCGGCUAUUGAGGAAAUGGAAGACUAACAGCUUCUUUGCCAAAAGAGACUGUUCAUCUGCAGUAAAACCAGCUCCCUCCUGAGAACCCUUCCAUCUAGAGCAUCAUGAGCGAUGUUUUCUCAAGUGCAUUUGGAUCAGAACCUCGUCAGAAGAUC